AUAUUUUUUUUUUUUUAAAGCACAUUAAUCAUGAGGUGGUUUUUGUCAGUGUUGUUCUGUGGUUAUGAGUAAGUGCUGAGAUGAUGGCUAAAAAGGAAGUGACCAACUAAGGGAUAAAAUCAGCUUCCUCUUGUUUUACUUUAAAAAGAUGAACGCUGGACUGUCACAACACACUUGUGAGCUGACAAGACCGCUAACAAAUAAGUGUGAGGAUGGUGAUUCAAGCUAAACUGCAUCAACUGACAGAAGGACUACGGCGGGCCUGGUUCACAAUAUGUGGUCUGUACACGACCAACACCACAAAAAGCUGGAAGGAAAAACUUCUCCUCCUGUUGACGUGUUUUAUCACCAGCCUCAUUCUGAGCACCUUCCUCUUUCUCAUCCUCCACUUUUCCUUCAAAUGCUCUGAAGAGGUCACGCUACCCUUUUCUUGCGUUUUAUGCAUAAGCUUAACACCAGCCACGUAUUUCUCCGAAAGGACUCGCUGUUUCGGGGCCUUGAUUUUGAUCUCAAUGGGUAUGAAACAAGUGAAGAGCAUCCUUCUCACUUUAGGAACCAGUUCGGUAAUUUUCUUCAACAUCCAGAACACGUUGCGAAACUUGAGACUCCUCGCAAAAGCCCUCCUCUGCAACUUGGAGGAAAAGUUAUUGGAUAUUAAUACAGAACCCUUGGGGAAUUAUAUUAAAAUGUUGAAAUGGGUGGGAAAGCAACUUAAAAAUUACUUUAUAAACUUUCGGUUGGUGAGUUACCACGCAGAUUUCAAACUAAAAGCAAAGGUGGACUCGCGAGACUUCAAAACUCACCUCACCGAGGCCGAGCAGGCUUUAAACCAGACCGCGCAAAAUGUGCUGGCGCUGACCAACGCUUUGUCUUCCUCAGGAAAGAUAUUGUCUCCAACGUUAGGCCUUUUAGUUCUCGUACUUCUCACUGCUCUGUACCUGAGAAGAUUCCACGUGGACAAAAGGUACAACAACAUAUACAUCACGAAAACCUUCCGUUGUUUUGACGAGCGGCAAAAGCAAAAGGGGAAACCGUGUGUCCUUCCGCUGACCGAAAGCGAGGCGGAACGUUACGUCGUGACUCCGUCCGUUCGUCCGACGGCUCGGCGGUGGAGAGCCACGCUCAAGUUCAGUCUUCCCAUAUUCACUCACUGUCUCACCUGGCUGGUGUUCAUCAGUCUAGACACCCUGAUUUACUGGCUUAUUGUAGUUUUAAGCAAGCGACUCGGAGAACUGGAGCCGCUUCGUGUUCCAGUGGGAGUAAAAGUUCAGGAGGCCACAUUAUUUCUAGGAUUGCCUGUUGAUGAAACUGCAAAAGGGGCAGACUUUUCCUACACAGUGUCAAUGUUUGAGAAGAAGUGUUUGCCUGAACCCGAACUGUGGCUUUAUCAGUCUCUGGUUCCCCUGUCUGUGGUCCUGGCCUCGCUGGUUGUUCUGAUUCUUCUUUCAUCACAGAUGGUCCAGCUCAGAGUUGUGCUAUCUGAGCAGUUUUUCUCAGAUGUUGCAGAGGAACGAGCUGCCUAUCUGCAUGCAAAGAUUUUAAGAAAGAGGUGCAAAACUAAAGCAGAAGAGCAUGAAGGAGCUCUGAAGACUUUAGCCACGCAGCCCAGCUUUUGGUGUCCUUUACUCUUCCAUAAACACAGGAUGGACCCUGAGGCUGUUUAAAUAUGCUUGAAGUUAGCAAACACCAGUCAAGCAACCAUAAUUGCAGGUUUUACAUGUCAACAACUCACACACUAC